UCCACUCAAGUUGAAACUAGACUCGCAGUAUAAAUACACACCCUACUCAUCCCUUCUAAAUCCCCUUCAUCAUAUUCAUCCCAUCAUUCUCUUCCUCUCUCUUCUUCUCUCAGUACUCUUCUUUUUGCUCUCUAUACAGAACACAAAAAUGUCCGCAAUAUUUGGCCAAGCUUACCAACAUCUUCCCAAGAAGCAAGUAAGCCAAAAAGCUGACUCUGGUGGAUGGAGUUUCCUACAAUAUCUCUCUGAAACCAAAGGCAUUUUCCAAAACAGAGAAGACGACACAAAGAAAACAGCUUACGUCCACCCAAUCGAGAAGCGUUCUGUAGCUAAACUGAGCCUUGAGAUGUGCACAGAGAGCCUCGGGACCGAGAAUGGGAGUGAUAGUGGAGACGAGAUCUCGUUACUUGCACUUGAAGGAACCAAUACUUCAAUAAUGAGUCCUCAUACUACGAAGCCUCAGAAAGAAACCAACCUUAUAGAGACCCGUGAAAACAGUUUUCCCCCGCCGCUAAACUCCGUCAACGGAUUCAACAAUAGGCGUAUGGUAAGGUCAUAUAAAGAAGACGGUCGUCUUGUUGUUCAAGCGAUUAGGGUUUGUCCACCACCUCGUUGCUUUGUAUCUGAACGUCGUGAAGGAAGACUACGUCUCUGUUUGUCAGAGAAUUCAGCACUUAGCCAUGAUGGAGGUGAAGAUCAGUUUGAAGAAAAUGAAUCUGAAAUCGAAGCUCAUGAAGAAGAUGAAGAUGAAGAUGAAGAGAAAGGACAAGAAGACGAUACAGAGGAUGAAGAAGAAGAGCAAGAGGAAGAGGAAGAGGAGGGCAUUAUGGGGAAUAAUGAGAACUUUGAGGAUAAAACUGGAAAGAAAAAGUUUAGUAGAAGGCCAAAAAGGAGAUGCCAUGAGAAUGGAGGUGAGCCAACAACGAUGCUUAACUGGAAGGCGAACCAAUUUUGGGUGACCACUUAAUAAUGGGCAAACUCGACUCAUCACUAAAUAAAUUUAUUUCUAAGACAAUAAUAAUUAGUAUUCUGGCUUAUUUAUUUUUAUUUUUAUUUUUUAAGUUUGAUUUAGAUUAUGUGCAAAAAUGUUUUCUCUUAGUCCCAUUGUAUGAC